CAAGGGGGUCUGAAUACCCGCUUCGAUUGGUCAGCUGCAGUUCCAUUCAAAUUAUCCGCCUGUUCCUUCAAUCAUGCUUGAUUGUUAUUGUAUUACAUCAUAAGAAUAACUUUCCAACAUGGCGUCGGGUCUAACGGCAGAGAUGAAAUCGGAGGACCUGACAGCCCAUCCUGGAUUCAGCAAUGACAAAUACUCAAUGUUGAUUGUCAUCGGUGCGCUCUAUAGACCGCAUUUACUGGACUAUAUUGUGGUGGAGAUUGAACGAGGUAUCCGUGCAUGGGAUGUGGACCUGACAGUGUGUAAUUUGGAUGAGCAGCUGAAGCUCUUCGUUUCUCACCAUUCUUCUUAUCAAUCCAAAGACAUAAGAGGUCAGAAGACAUUUCAUUUCAGUUCAGAUGUACUGGACAUUAAAGUUGUAGUAAAUCCAUCUGAAGGGUUUCUCUGCUCUGAGGUCCACAGCUUGAUAUCAUCCAUACCUCGACACAAACUGCUGGUGCUCACCGGACAGUCUCUUGAGGACUCCGGGGAUCUGGUCCUGCACACGGGGCAGUUCACUCCAAAUGAUUUCACCCAGGUCUUUUCAGAUGAAGAGAUUCAAGAUCUGUUAAAUUCUGUUAGCAUACAUGGCAAAGCAAACUUUACGUUAAGCUGCCCUAAAACUGGAAAAUGGAAAAACUCUGUGUUAGGGAAGCACAACAUACACAACAUUAUUGACAUUAAGGUGAAUCCUCUAAUGAUACUACCCAAAAUGGGGGGCCUUCAGGAGUUCAUGGACCACCUUUUUGAGUCCUCCGAGCCACAGUCUCCAUUUGACCUCUUAGAGCCUCCUGGCACAGUGGGAUUUCUCAAGCUAUGCCGUCCGUGCUGUUAUGCCUUUCCAGGAGGGAGAGGCGACUGUGCUUUUUUUGCUGUCAAUGGCUUCAAUGUUUUGGUCAAUGGUGGAGCAGAUCCACGCUCUUGCUUCUGGAAGCUCGUCAGGCAUUUGGACCGUGUUGACUCAGUGUUGCUUACACAUGUUGGAACAGACAACCUGCCGGGAGUUAACAGCCUGUUAGAGAGGAAGGUCACAGAGCUUGAGGAAAAUAAAACUGGCUCACAGGAAAAGGAGCAAUGGGUGAAGAAUCUAAUCUCUCCAGAGCUUGGUGUGGUAUUCCUCAAUGCCCCAAAUAGACUUAAAAAACUUCAGGGUGAUCCUAAUGUACUACGAAGCAGUGAUCUAGCAGCACUCAUGUUACAGCAUUUGGAAAAACUAAAGAUCUCACCAGAACCACUUUUACGCAAUUCAAGUGGCCCCAUAGAACCAGUAAUUCUGUUCCAGAAAAUGGGAGUGGGAUGUCUUGAACUUUACAUCUUAAAUCCAGUCAAACGUAGCAAAGAGGUAGAGUCUUUCAUGAAUAGCUGGCCAGAUAAUAGUUCCAAAUCCAAGAGUUUAGAUGGCCACCUAACUUCUUUGGUCUCUAUAUGUGCUUUGCUUGUUUGGCAUCCUGCUAACCCAGUGGAGAAAAUCAUUAGAGUUCUCUUCCCUGGCUCUACACCACAAGGAAAGAUAAUGGAUGGUCUAGAGAGACUUAAGCAUCUAGAGUUUCUCCAGCGGCCUGUAGUGUGCUCCAAAGAUUUUGAAACAUCAGAAAAGAAUCCAAAAGUUGCAGAGAGUCAGGAUAGUCCCAAAUCUGGUAAAAAUGAAUCCAGACCAAGCAAUGGUGCUUCAAAGGACCGAGCUCUUCGUGGAGAUCUAGAACCAAAAGACAAAAUCAAAGGCAUAAAUGGGAAUGAUCCAAAAAGUGAAGAAAAGUUGAAAUCUGUAGAAAGCAUUGUGAAACAUAAACCCUCAAGUCUAGUUACAAGAAAGGAGUCUUUUAAGGACAGGAGCAAUGAAAAAACAAACAUAUCAGACUCAAAGAAACUAGAAAAUGGACAGAGAAAAAUAUCAAGUAGCAAGGAUUCUUCGAUGAGAAGACCAAAGUUAGAUAGCAAAACUGAAAAGGGAAAGUCUCUUGGGAAAGAUACCAAGAAAACCUUCACUGGAUUACUGAACUCAAACAAGCCUGGAAAUGUAAAAAAUGAAGCAAAAUUGAACAAAGAGGCAGAAGACAAAUCCAAAAACUUCAAAUCUAACAAGGAGCAGCAAAACCAGAAGUUGUCAACAGACUCUGAAGAAGUAAAUCGCUCUUCACCAGAAGAUAUGACAGCAGCAUUUCUGGAAAUGGAUCAAGAGCAACAUGAAUUACUUGUGAAGAGGCAAACUGUUGACUCUGGGAACCUGAAAAAUGUCUCGAUGGGUAGUGUGCAGUCUCAGUGUACCAGCAUAGCAAACCCUAGCAAGGCUGCAGCAUCUGCAGGACCAUCUGUCAAAAUAAAAAAUGAGCACUGUUUGAAUCUAGACCUCACUCCAACUGAAAAUACUUUGCUUGAUGGGGAUUUGAAAGAAAAUAUUUUAACAAUUGGGCAGGAGGAAAUUUGUGUCAGUCCUGAUGAAAAGACGUUAGCGCUAACAUCUCCUAGAUCAGGUCCAAAUAGUGCUGGUCAUACUCCUUAUCACUUGUCACCUGAAGAGACCUGGGCCUCAAAAGAUCAUAGUAGUUUUGGGGUUAAGAUGUGUCUUGGUUCAGAGAGCCAGCAAAUGGGAUUAUCAAAGUUAGUAGAGUCCGGAUGCCCUAAAAGUAACCAAGAGAGCAUUUCAACUUCCUCCAAAGAGAAGCAUUCUAGCUUCCUGUCUCUUAGCUCUUUCAAGGAUAUAAUGCCUGAUAUAUCUUCCACUUUUACCACCACUCACUCAAUGCCUGCGGAAGUAAGUUCACCGCUAUCCACUGAGGUUGAUGAAUCAUUUUCAAUGUCUUUUGAACAAGUGCUGCCAACAGUGAGUGAGUCCAGCGAAGCAUCCUAUUCCAGUGGACACCAUGUCAAUUCUGAUUUUAAAGUAGGGAUGUCUUUGUCUUUAAAGAAGCCUCACACCCAGAGUGGACCUCGCGAUUGCCAAGAAGGGUGUCCUUCUGGACCUCAGGGUCUCUUGCUUGAUACUACCCAUGAUGUUGACCUCUGCUUGGUUUCUCCAUGUGAGUUUAAACAUUUCAAACCGGUUGUUGAUCAAGAGGAUCCACUCACACUGGGUGUUAUUAACACCAUCCCAUUGAACCUUUCUGAUGAUAGUGACCACUCCCAAGAUGCAACUAAGUCCCUUCCACCUUCAUGUUCAGGUAACAAGGCCACUCAUCUAGUUCAGGAGACCCUUGUCACUUCUAGCAGUGACUAUUUCCCAAUCGCAACAGACUCAGAUGUACAUCCGGGUGUAGAGGAUUGCCCAUCCAUUACAGCAGAUGGACUUCUGGAUUCUGAUGAAGAAGGUGGAGUCCACCUGCAAACAGAAAACCUAAACGAUGGUUUGAAUUCUUACAGAGGUAAUCAUUCUUUGCCAAAAGAUCCCCCACCUGCACCUGUGAAAGACUCACCUCCACUUCCACCUCAGCCUGGUGCCUGUAUGCCUGAUCGUGUUAUUGGUGUAAAGCCUGGUGCAACAAAAGGCAGAAAAGCAGCAGGAGUUACGCAGAGGUUAACAUCUUCUAGUGUUUCAACACAAGGCACCAAAACCAGAGCUGGAAGUCAGGGUACUUCUGUUAGUGGCUCGAGAAGCAGCUCAGCAGGAGAAAUAAUGGCUAGUCGUAGCACAGGCUCUACUUCUAAAAGAUCCACAACAGCAGGUAGCAAGGUUGGCACUUCUGUAUACUUGGACCUGGCUUACCUUCCAUCGAGCCAUGCAGUUUCCACUGUUGAUGUUGAGUUUUUUGGCCGCUUGCGAUCAUCGUGUUACAUAAUAAGUGGGGAUGACACACUCAAGGAAGGCCUGAUGAGGUCCAUUCUGGACGCAUUAUUAGAGGGAAAAUCUGUAUGGCCUGAGGAUGUGCCGGUGACCCUGAUUCCCACAUUUGAAUCAAUGAUGAUGCAUGAGUGGUACCGGGAAACCCAAGAAAAACAACGGCAACUGGGAAUUACAGUCCUAGGCAGCAACAGCACUGUGGCUAUGCAGGAGGAGACAUUCCCUGCUUGUAAAGUAGAGUUCUGCUAGAUUAAAAGUAAAGACACGUUUUCCAUUUGUGUAUCCCAUGCUUAAAGUCACACAUGAACAUUUUUACCACUUGUAUGUUCUUGGCAAAUGUUUUAUCAAACUACAUAUAUAUUGUGUUCGUGAAAGAUUCCUUAGCAGGCAGCUGAGGCCUAAAAUACACAGUGAAAUCACAAGUAUUAAAUCAACACCCUCUAGGAGUAUAACUGUACUGGUUUAUUAUUAAGAAGAGUAUUUACUAGAUUCCCAUUUUGCAAAAAUAGUUGAAAUUAAAUAAUGCAAACUUUAACAUCGCCCAGAGUUCAAAUCUAAGGAUAUUAUGUCACAUUCAAACUGUGCAUGAAGACCAUUACAAACAUUUAUUAAGACAGACAAAUUACACAUAUUAGCAGUGCCAGUGGAGGCUAGAUUAAGGAUGUCACAGAUAUUUCUAUUUCAAUUGUCCAUACAGAUCAGAUCACAAAACGAUUACAAAGAGACCUAUUUUUAUACUUUGAGAUUUUUUGUUUUGUUUUGGGUUGCUCUUAAAGUCCCUUUGAUUGUUUGGGGACCAGCAGCUUCACACUGUCACAAAUAUUGCAUGAAUGCACUGCACUAUAAUAGAAUAUCACUAUGAAGUCUGUAGAAAUAUGAUGGCAUGUAACUGAUAUUUUAAUUCAUCCCAUUUGUAAGUGGUAGAAGUGCCAACUCCUUGACACCAAGUAUACAGUAACUUGUAACUGCAGUACAGAUGCUCUGAUAUCUACCAUAUGCCUUAAUGUGUUUCUGUUAAAUACUGACUGCUGUAGGGCAUAAUGGCCUUUAUUAAUUUUUUUUAGAUGCAUUUCCUUAAUUCUGCACUGUAAAGAGAAUGUCUGGUAAGUUUGUGGGGCACAAAAUAAUUUUAAAUCCAUGAACUGCUACACUCACACAAAAAGGAAAGUGUGUUUACAUAUAUGUAAUAUGAAUUAUAUGAAUUAAAACAUUCAAAUGUUAUUAUAAAUAA